CGGCCACGGCGGCGCAGCCCCUGGAGCGAGCGAGGCCACCGCCGCCGCCACUGCCGCAGCCGCAGGAGGCGUGAGGAGCGGACGCGAGGCGCUCGGCCGGGUAAAGGAUCCUAGUGCGGGGUUUCAGACGUCCCGUGGAGGAGAAGACCCUUCUGGUCAAUAGAAAUACGGUUGGCGAAAUUUCAUUUCUUGUAGGAUUACGGUGACAGAAGGGACUUGUUUGGUCAAGUAGGUUUACGUUACAUGGUGUCAGGAGUGGGAUCUGAAGGAGCCAGCCACUGAGGAGCAAAGUACCCACAUUUGAGCCCUUUGUGCUCUUUGCUUCCACGAGUUGACAUAACUCUUGGUUUGGAGAUCAAAACAUUCAGAUGGCAGAUAACAGUUUUUCAGAUGGUGUUCCUUCAGAUGCCUUGGAGGCUGCUAAAAAUGCAAGUAACACAGAAAAGCUCACUGAUCAGGUGAUGCAGAAUCCUCAAGUUUUGGCAGCUUUACAGGAACGGCUGGAUAAUGUCGCCCAUACUCCUUCAAGUUACAUUGAGACUCUGCCUAAAGCUGUGAAGAGAAGGAUCAAUGCACUGAAACAGCUUCAGGUGAGGUGCGCCCACAUAGAAGCCAAGUUCUAUGAGGAGGUCCAUGACUUGGAGAGGAAGUAUGCUGCGCUGUACCAGCCUCUCUUCGACAAGAGAAGGGAAUUCAUCACUGGUGAUGUUGAGCCAACAGAUGCGGAGUCAGAGUGGCACAGUGAAAAUGAAGAGGAAGAUAAAUUGGCUGGAGAUGUGAAAAAUAAAGUAGUCAUAGCAGAAAAAGAAGCAGCAACAGCAGAGGAGCCAAACCCCAAAGGAAUUCCAGAGUUCUGGUUUACCAUCUUUAGAAAUGUAGAUAUGCUAAGUGAAUUAGUCCAGGAGUAUGAUGAGCCUAUCUUGAAGCACCUGCAGGAUAUUAAAGUGAAGUUUUCAGACCCUGGGCAGCCAAUGUCUUUUGUAUUAGAGUUCCACUUUGAACCCAACGACUACUUUACCAAUUCAGUCCUGACAAAAACAUACAAGAUGAAGUCAGAACCAGACAAGGCCGACCCCUUUUCCUUCGAAGGUCCUGAAAUAGUUGACUGUGAUGGGUGUGCUAUUGAUUGGAAGAAAGGGAAAAAUGUUACAGUCAAAACAAUCAAGAAGAAGCAGAAACAUAAGGGACGAGGCACAGUGAGAACAAUUACCAAACAAGUUCCCAACGACUCUUUUUUCAACUUCUUCAGCCCACUGAAAGCGUCUGGGGAUGGAGAAUCACUGGAUGAAGACUCGGAAUUCACAUUAGCCUCUGACUUUGAAAUCGGACACUUCUUUCGUGAGCGGAUAGUCCCGCGGGCUGUGCUGUACUUCACAGGGGAGGCCAUAGAGGAUGAUGACAACUUUGAAGAGGGUGAGGAAGGAGAAGAGGAGGAGUUGGAAGGUGACGAGGAGGGAGAAGAUGAGGACGAUGCCGACAUUAACCCUAAGAAGGAGCCCAGCCAGCCAUCCGAGUGCAAACAGCAGUGAGGAGUGAGCGUCCCGCAGGUGCGGCGUCGGGGACUGGUCAUGGCGGCAGCACCACCGUAUUGGCAGUGCUUCUAACUUGUUUUCAAGUGCAUGAUUUUGACUUUAACUUUUCCUUUAUCCUUAUUAUUUUGCUUAACCUGUACAGUGGCAACUUAAAUGCAUUUCAGAAAUAGGAGGUUUGAUUCCAGCACCCUCUGUGGCCUUGGGUGCAGUGCAGCUCAGUGGACUUUCCCAGGCCCUGCCUUCCGGAGGGCUCUGUAGACCCUAGGGGGAUGGGGUGGCGGAAGGUCAGUUGACGCCAAGGGCAGUUGUCUGGGGAUGUGGUUCCAGGGCUUCUAGAACCAGUCACACCCCUCCACAGCCAGACUGGAUCCUUCUUCACUUGAAGAAACCCAUACGCUUUGUGUUUGCCACCACUUGGUCUCCUGUGCUCUCAUCGUCUCAGGAGAGCUGAUAGAGUAGGGUCCUGUUCUCCUUCGAACAUUCUUUCUCUGGUUUUGUCUUCCUCGGGGUGGGGUAGGGGUUGUGGUGCACCCUAGCCCUGAGGCGUGAGCAUUUGUGGUUCAUCUUUGUAUUUAUUUAUUCUUUCCUCUUUGUGAGGGCUUGGGACACAUGCUAUCACUUGUCCUUACAGUUUCUAAAACCAUGUGUGUGACUGGUGACCUGGUGACUCGCCAGGUGGGUGUGGUCGUGGCUCCCAGGGAGUGAGGCCUGUGUAGAAGGAACCUCGCUCCGUCCUGCCUUCAGCUGAGGGCAGGGGCUCGUUUCCACGACAUGCAGACCACACGGCUUUGGGGGGCGGAUUGCGGGCAGAGUGCCGGGGUUCGCCAGGCUUCUGUGGUGAGGGGCCUAGGCUGGGAAGCACUGCUGUUAGUGUGUACAUGUCAAGUCUUGCUUUGUCAGUACCCCCAUUUCUUGGCCUCAUGCUCAUCUUGUCUUAAAAGCCCUGGGUUCAGAGUGACCUGUUUUUGGCUGGCGUGUGGGGUUUCCGAGUGUGUGACCAGGGUCUCUGUUGCCGGGGAUGCAGUGUCCACACUGACCAGGCCUGUAGAGUGCUCAGCCUUACUUAUAAUACAUUUGUAACUGAAUACGGUGUUUUCAAUUUGUACAGAAUAGUUAGAAUAUUCUAUUAAAGUUGUGAAACAUGAA